UACGCGGGCCUCGCUGUCAGGCCCCCGGGCGCGGGUGUCUGUGGGGUGAGCUGCAGCCAAGCCAUAUCACCCCGAAAUGCGUGUCCAGGUGCGAUGUCCACCCCGCUGGGGGUUCUCAUCCCAGGCUGUUGGCCUGCGAGGCGGCACCUGCGGGUCAGGUGGGGAAGAAGCCUCUGGGACGGACGCCUGGGCGGAGCCCACGAUGUCCGAGCCUUACGUGAGGCGGCUGUGCGCUGUCCUGCUGGAUGCCGUCGCCGACAGGGACCCAAUGGUGCAGGAGCAGGUCUGCGGAGCUCUGCGCGCACUUGGGGAGUCGCGGCCCCAGGAGAUGCUGGACGCCUGUGAGGGGCACCUGCGGCAGCACGAGAAGCUGGCACCUCCCUGCCGGACCAGGAUCUUGCAGGCUGUGGAGACGGUGCUGAGCAGCCACCUGGGCGAGCUGGACAAGGACACGGCCAGGGCGCUCAUCCUCUUGGCUGCCAACGAGAUGACUCGGGUGAAGGAGUCAGUGUGUGACUGGCAGCAGGCCGCCAGCAGCGUCCUGGUGGCUGUGGGGAGGCGCUUCGUCGGCCUGGUGAUGGAGGAGCUGCUGACCAGGUUCCAGCCUGGGGUCCUGCCGCACUGCUUCGUGGUGCGGACGCUGGCCGACCUCUCGGUGUCCAAUGUGUUCGGCACGGUGCCCUUCCUGACAUCCAUCCUCAGCACGAUGGUGCCCAUGCUGGGCUGGGCCAAGCACGACAACACGCGGGUGGUCUUCUGCUACGCUCUGCAGCGCUUCAGCGAGAGUGCCCUGGAGUACCUGGCUGGCCUGGACCAGGCCCCAGACCCCACAGUCAGGAGAGACAGCUUCGCCACCGACAUUCUUGGCGCCUACGAAGUCCUUUUUCAGCACUGGCUGCAGAGCCGCGAGGCCAAGCUCCGGCUGGCUGUGGUGCAGGCCCUGGGGCCUAUGAGCCAGCUGCUGCCCAGCGAGAAGCUGGAGGAGCAGCUGCCCAAGCUGCUGCCCGGUGUCCUAGGCCUCUAUAAGAAGCACUCCGAGGCCCUGCCCGUGUCGCAGAGCCUGGGCCAGAUCCUGGAAGUGGCCGUGAAUGUGGGCAGCCGCGCGCUGGAGGCCCAGCUCGACUCUCUCCUGGCGGCUCUGCAUGCUCAGAUCUGCGUGCCGAUGGAGUCAUCCAGCCCCCUGGUGCUGAGCAACCAGAAGGAGGCGCUGCGUUGCCUGACAGCGCUGGCUUGCUACUCGCCUGACCGCCUGCUGGCCUUCCUGCUGCCCAAGCUGGACGCUGCCAACGAGAGGACCCGUGUGGGCAGCCUGCAGAUCCUGAGGCACAUCAUCAACUCGGCCCCUGCGCGGAUGGAGGCCAAGAAGACCUUUGUCCUCUCCUCCCUGCGGCUCCCUCUCCUGGACAGCAGCGGCAAGGUAAAGCGGGCAGUGGUCCAGGUGAUCAGCGCCAUGGCCCACCACGGCUACCUGGAGCGGCCUGGCGGGGAGGCCAUGGUGGAGUACGUCAUCCAGCAGUGCGCGCUGCCCGCCCAGCCAGAGGCGGAGCUGGGUCCGGACAGCGAGGCCCUGGCCGAGGACAGCGUGCGGUCCAUCAGCAUCAACACCCUCUACCUGGUCAGCACCACAGUGGACAGGAUGAGCGACGUCCUCUGGCCGUACCUGCUCGAGUUCCUCAUGCCCGUGCGCUUCACCGGGGCCCUGACCCCGCUCUGCCGCAGCCUCCUGCACCUGGCACAGAAGCGGCAGCAGGAGCAGCCCGACGGCUGCCUGGUCCAUUACGGCGCGCGCGCUACCCUCCCGUCUCCCUACGCCGUCACCACCCGGCUUCUGACCGUCGCCUGCGACCCCUACGCGGGGGACGGCCGUGGGCCGGCCUCGCUGCGCCUCCUGCACGUCCUGCACGGGAACGUCCACCCUCUGCUGGGGCAGCGCUGGGAGACCACCAUCCCCCUGCUGCUGGGGCACCUGGAAGAGCACACAGAGGCGUCCCUGUCGCAGAAGGAGUGGGAGGAGAAGCUGCUGAUGUUCCUCCGGGACACCCUGGCCGUGGUGUCUGACAACAUGUGGACCUGCCAGCUGAGCCUGGAGAUGUGCAAGCAGCUGCCCAGCUAUGAUGGGGUGCCCCGGGAGAAGAGCUUCCUGUACAGGUGCAUAGGGACCACGCUGGGUGCCGCCUCCGACGGGGAGGUGGUGAGGAAGCACCUGCAGGAGCUGCUGGAGACGGCCAGACAUCAGGAGGGGGUGGAGCGCGAGGGUCUCGCCUGCUGCUUCGGGAUCUGUGCCAUCUCCCACCUGGACGACACGCUGGCCCAGCUGGAGGACUUCCUGAGGUCUGAGGUGUUCAGAAAGUCCGUGGGCAUCUUCAGUCUCUUCAAGGAGCGGAGCGAGACUGAGGUGGAGCGUGUGAGGAGCACCCUGAUCUUGUGCUACGGCCAGGUGGCCGCCCAGGCGCCCCGGGAGCUGGUGCUGGCCCGGCUGGAGGCUGACAUCCUCAGGAACAUGUUCCUGUGCUUCCACACCAAGGUUCUGGGAGUGAAGGUGGAGAGCAAGGACCCGGCCCUGAAGCUGUGCCUGGUCCGGAGCGUGUGCGCGGCCAGCCAGGCCGUCUCCAGCAGCGCCCACGCCGGCGCCUUCCACUUCACACAGAAGGCCGAGCUGGUGGCCCAGAUGCUGGAUUUCAUCAAGGCUGAGCCCCCAGACGCCCUGAAGACACCGAUUCGGAUGACGGCCAUGCGCACCUGCACCCACCUGGUCCCACUGGAGCCGGCGCUCGAGGCGCAGCUGCAGGCCGGCCUGGUCCAGGGCUGUCUGCACAGCAUCCUGGCCGUGCCGCCGGAGACCGAGGGCCCUGGGGACCAGGAGGUCCUGUACCAAGAUACCAUGCAGGCCCUGGGGGACCUGCUGGCUGGGCUUCUCCGCCGGAACACGACGCCGCAGGGCCUGCAGACCAUGGUGGAGCACCUGAGCCCCUGGAUCAAGUCCCCACGGGGCCACGAGCGGGCCCGGGCCCUGGGCCUGAGCGCUCGCCUGCUGCAGCACUUCCGGGAGCACCUGCACAUCAGCGCCCUGGUGCCCUUCCACAACCUGGGGCUCCUCAUCGGCCUCUUCGCCCCACGGUGCGCGGACCUGUGGCCUGCCACCCGCCAGGAGGCGGUGAGCUGUGUCCACUCCCUGCUCUACGUCCAGCUGGGCUACGAGGGCUUCUCCCGGGACUACCAGGACGAGGUGGCUGAGCAGCUACUGACCCUCAGAGAGGGCCUGGUGCAUCCCGACCCCGCCAUACUCUUCCACACCUGCCACAGUGUGGCCCAGAUCGUUGCGAAGCGCCUCCCGCCAGACCAGCUCAUCAGCCUCCUGCUGACCUUGUUUGAGGGCCUGGGCGACCCGGACAAGAACUGCUCCCGAGCGGCCUCAGUCAUGAUCAACUGCCUGCUCAAGGAGCGCGGCCACAUGCUGCUGGAGAAGGUGCCAGAAGUCGUGAGCGUGCUGCGCUGCCGGCUGCAGGAGACCCCAGCUGAGCACGUCCUUCAGGCCGCCCGGCACAGUGUCUACCUCCUGGCAUCCCAGCACCAUGCAGCCGUAGUGUCCAGCCUCCUGGGCAGCCCCCUGCCCUUUGACAGCCACUCCUGCACCCUGUGGCGCGCCCUGGCCAUGGAGCCCAGUCUGACAGCCCAGGUCCUGGGCCUGCUCCUGGACAAGAUGGGCUGCGAUGUCCCCUUCAAGGAGAGCCGGACCUUCCUGCUGAGCAGCUCCCCCGAGCGCGUGGCCACACUGCUGCCCCUUGCGGCCACGUGCGCACUGCGGGAGCUGGCAUCGGCCCCCGAGUCCGGCCCCGCUGUGCUGGAGCUCUACCCCAGGCUCUUCGCUGCGCUGCUGCUGCGCGUCAGCUGCACCCUGGAUGUCCAGCUGCCCCGCAGCCUGCAGGCCAAGGACAAGAGGACCCCCGGCCCCUCCACGCCCAGCCUGGAGCCCUGCAGCUCUGCUGUGGCCGCGCUGCAGGCCGUGCUGCUCCGGGGCGGCAGUGAGGACGUGGUGCAGCGUGUGGAGCUGGAGGGGGCCUGGGAGCUGCUCCAAACUUCAGCCGGCCAUGAGGAGGGGGUCGCCCGACUGGCCAGUGCCAUGGCCAAGCUCGCGGGCCCCCGGCUGCCCCCAGUGGUGCGGGCGCUCCUGUGUGCGCAGAGCAGCGUGUACGAGGCCCAGAGGAUCACUGCCACGGCCUUCCUGGCAGAGCUGCUCAGCUGCAAGGUGGUCAAUGACCUGAUGCUGCUGGACUCGCUGCUGGACACCCUGGUGGCCCGGCAGAAGGACACGAGCGCCAGCGUGCGCCGGUUGGUGCUGCGCGGUCUGGCUAACAUGGCCUCUGGCUCUCGGGAGCAGGUGCAGGCCCACAGCCCCCAGCUGCUGGCGGCCAUGAUUGCUGGGCUGGAUGACGGGGACGACCCACACAGCCUGGUGGCCCUGGAGGCCAUGGUGGGCCUGGCCAGGCUGCUGGACCUGCUGGACCCCUGGGAGCUGCACUCGGUGCUGCUGCAUGUGGCCAUCCGCAUCCGGCCCUUCUUCGACAGCGAGAAGAUGGAGUUCCGGGCCGCGUCCAUCCAGCUCUUUGGGCACCUCAACAAGGCCUGCCGUGGGGCCUGCGAGGACGUCUUCCUGGAGCAGGUGGUGGGCGGGCUGGCGCCCCUGCUGCUGCACCUGCAGGACCCCCAGGCCCGGGUGGCUGAGGCCUGCAGGUUCGCCCUGCGCGCCUGCGCAUCCAGCCUGCAGUGCGAGGAGCUGUCGGCCGCCUUCCAGAAGCACCUGCAGGACGGCCCGGGGCUGCACUUCGGGGAGUUUCUCAACGCCACCUGCAAGCACCUGAUGCGCGUCUUCCCGGAGCUGCUGGGCCGCCUGGCCAGCACCAGCCUGUUCUACUUCAAGAGCUGCUGGGAGGAUGUGCGCGCGGCCGCUCCCCUGCUCACGGGGUUCCUGGUGCUGCACGCGGAGCCCGAGCAGCGGACGCAGGUGGACCUAGAGCAGCUCCUGGCCGCGCUGCAGCUCCUGCUGCGGGACCCCGCCCCCGCCGUGCGCGGCCGCGCGGCCGAGACGCUGGGCCGCCUGGUGAGGUUCGCCUGAGGCGGGGAGCCCCCGCCGCCCCGGCCGGCCGCCCGGCGACAGGACGCUGCUGGAGGCCAAGUGGGGCCGCCGUACCCCCAGUUCCAAUAAAGCCAUUUGCUCCUCAACAGGUGACGUGGGGGGUGC